GACCCGUUGGAAUGUACUAAGCUGUCUCAAACGUAAAAUGAUUGUAACAGGUACCAGUAUGAAAUGAAAAUUUGGGUGGUAUGUUGGUAACAUUCUGUCUGACCCGAUUUCCGAGGCCCAGCUGCAAACCGCUUUUCUCGACGCCGGUAAGGCCUUUGGCCGCCGGCGUCGGGUCCUCCUCCCCGUCCUUUGUUUCAUCAUGCUAUGUUCCUGUCUGCUCGUUCUCUUCAGUUACUGGUCUCGUCUCAGGAUCGUCUCCUACGGCUCGUGUUCUUUGGUCCCUUUCGAAGCUCCUCACACCAGAUCUGUUCGCCUCCUUGUAACUGUGAAGUCAAGGCUUGGGUCUCAGACGGAAGCUCCUCUACUCACCGCCAUCAUCGUCCUUCCUACUCUAAUCCUCGGCGCCGCUCCUCCCUGUGGAAGCACAACCACCGGAGCUACAUAUCCCGAGCUUGGGCUCGCCGGAUCUGACGGUUUGUGUAGAUCUAAAGCGCCUCCACCACUCCUCGCCACCUUCACCUAUGAAGAGACUCCACCGUACUGCAUUGCAACAAUUUCAAUUUGGAGUCCAGAUCCGUCCACCAUCCCCAUCUCCAACCGCUGUCUCUCACCAACCCUCGUCGUUUGCCUUGAUGGUCUUGGUCCCGUCGUGUUUUCUGUCUUAGUGACAUCACCGGCUCACCAAGGAUCCUACGGAGAAAACCCUUACAGAAAAAAUCUAUUGACUUCUCCGGCAAAGCCAAGGCUCCGCCCACUGCGACUUCCCUUACGUCCUUCCCCUGGAGUUUACAAGAGACCUCUGUCAACAGGAUUUACGAGUCCCAUCGGAUGUGGAGAGGCUGAUCCGUUUUCAGAGAACGGCGACGGCGAACUACUCUCCAACAAAACCCUAAUCUACAGUCUGUUGGAUAAUUUAUGGGCUUGGGCUUGGUUACAUCUCGUGGGCCACAGUUCUAAUUUGAGAGGCUCUAAAGCCCUAAGUUUCUACUGGAUCUUCAUCUCUAAAUUUAGGCAUUUCAGGCAUUUAUUGAUUUCUGUCAAAGCGCAUUGGCUCCAGAACGGUCCAAACAGAGUUCCCUCACUAACUAUCAGCUUCCUUGCCGGCCUUGAUAAUGUUGUGUUUGCAUCUGACAUCGAGCCAACACUGUGUCAACGCCAAUGACUCAUUGGAGAUAAGCUAUUCCGAGUAGACCUUUUGAUAAGCUAUUAAGAAUAUACAUAGAGAGUGGGUGUCCAGAUUACUUAUCGGCUUCCGGAAGUGGUCUCAUGUAUCACAACCACACAAACUCAAAGCAGGCUGGGAACUGUGCUGAUUCUGGUUUUCCAAGCAGCCAUUUAUCAUCUUUGGAAGGAAAGGAAUUCAAUGUUAUAUUCAAGCGUCUCAAGACCUAGGGCUGUCAAUUGGUUGGGUGCCCAUGGGUGUGGCCCAGUCCAGAUUGUGUUGGGCAGGUAAUGGGUAACCCCAUAUAUUUCAUGGUCCAGUUGCAUAUUGGGUUAACCCAUUACAUAAAAAAAUUAGGUUUUUAAUAUUGGAGAAAAAUUGAAAAAUCGAUUAUACUAUAUUUUGCGAUGAAAGAUCUUCUCCGGCCUUGAUCUUCUCUGGUCUUGAUCUCUGCAUCUCGAUUCGUCUUCUCCGGCCUGAACCAGAUUUCUCCAUUCUCUGCGUCUGACUUCUUCUCAGGGUGUGGAAGCGCAAACACUGGCCAACGUUUAUUUGGCUCUUGAAAACAACCUCAAAAUCGUUCAUAGUUUAAAGGAAACAAAUUCUACUUCUUCCUGCAUGUUGUGAAUAAGAUUGAUCUUCCAGGCGCUGAGCCAGAGCCCAAAGCAAGUUCUCAGGGAGAUUGAGGAGGUUAUUGGGUUAGACUGUAGCAAAGCAAUAUUCUGCUCGGCAAAGGAUACCUCCGCCUCCUGAAACUGCAGAAAAACCCUUCAGAGCCUUAAUUUUUGACAGGUAUAUACUUGUUUUUUCCAUCCUUGAUUACUUUUACAUCUACUAAAAAAACAUUGUACUUGUUUGUGUAUCUGAAAAUUAUGGUUAAAACGGUCUAAAUCCUUCAUGGUUUGGCUAGUUUAUGUAGUUUAAGCUUCGAAUGUGGCUUAGAACAUUGUGUCUUGGGUAUAUUUUGAACUGCAACUGUAAAACAGAAACAAAGAGUUAUAUCAGCAGUGUAAACAUAAACAAAGAGUUAUCAAAGUGUUUCAUAAGUCAUAACCUUGCAAAACAAAUCUUUUGAGACUAUUUCAAUUCAGUCAUAUUUGAAUAUAUUUUUUUUGAAAAAACAUAUUUGAAUUUUUAUUGCUGAAUUUAAAAAUUUUCUAUAAUUUUUAUUUGCUAUAAGUAUAUAAUUUUGUAAAUUGAGUUUACAAAAAUUGAUUAUGAACAAAAUUGAGCUAAUUGUUAAAAAUAAUAAUAAUGGGUGAUCUUGGUUAUUUCCAAUGUGUAUGAGCUAACUUGAGUGUGAGUGUUUUUGGGUAUGGGAGUUAUACGAGUGUGGGUAUUUUUGGAUAUGAGUGUUAAAUGGUCAAACUGUGGGCCGCCCAGUUGACAGCCCUAUCAAGACCUCAUUCGGUUAUUGUAAGCGACAUUUCGCUACAGCUACGUGCGAAGCUUUACUCGCUCGACAAGGAGGACUCUACUGCAAUCACGCGUCAACGACAAGCUACCUAUCUCUCAAUCUGGUUCGGAAGAGCUCAGGAGUAAGGAGAUCCAUGUCUUGCUUCAAAUGUUUUUCAAGUUAAGGGCAUAAUGUUUAUUAUGUAUUAAUUCAUUGCUUU